AACUUUGAUUUCACCUGCGUCAACAUCAACUAUAUCACGCUCCCUCAUACAAUAUACACAUUAUAGGCGACUACCCCUUAGUCUCUCUUUACCAUUGCCAAAUGGGUAAUGAUUCCUUCAGGAUCACCUCCCGCAUGAUUACUGGCAAUUGAGCUACGAAGAAACGAACGACGUCAGACCGGAGGUCCGACGCGCGAGCAUCUCCAUUCACCUGAUUAGCUGACCCGGAAAAAGCCAACAUCUCCAUCGAGCGUCCGUAACGCGAAUCUUGGCGCUCGCCUGCAUAUAAAAGAAAACCCUCUUAGCACCCGCCCCUACGGAGCAAUGGCAUUCCUCGAAGAUCCUCGUCUUCGGCAGCGAUGGAACCAGAUCUCUCAUACAACCGAGACUGUCACUGAGAACGCAGCCGCUGGUAUAUGGAGUUUUGGUCACACAUACGUCACACCGUGUUUCUCCUCCAUCUUCUCAGCGUUGGAGAGCUGCUCGACCGUCUGCCUCGGCGAUCGUGAAGAACGAGCACGACGAGCAAGGGAACGUCAGCGGGCGCGAGGAAGGGCCGAAUAUAGCUUCGACUUCUACGAUGAUUGGGAUGAGGAGUUGGGAGGCGGUGACGAUGCAGGGGGACUUCUCGGUAGUUGGCGAGGUGAAGAUUGGGAUCAAUUACUUGCAGGCACCGGGAAAAAGCGGAGCGGAGGUGACGUUCAAGAGCAACCAAAGAGAAAGCGCGGAAUGAGCUACGGCACAAAAGGACCGCGGAGAAGAUCCAGUAUUCACGAAGAUCCGACAAUCAUUCCGAGCACUGCACCUCUGGGAUUUUUGGGCCGUCUACCGUUCAAGAUAGGAGGAGGCCCUUUGAGAUAUAAACCUAGUGCAGCAAAUCUACAAGAGCAUCCCGGAGCAUCAAGGUCGGGAUUAGAUACAGAACGCGUGCCGUUGUUGGACGAAAAUGACGAUGAGGCACACACUAACGAAUCACAGUCGCAUAGUAGGAACCGAAGUGGAACGGUAGGCAGUGGAGAUACUAGCGAUUCGUAUAGAUCGAGAGGUGAUCUUUUCCCAAGCGACGAAGAAGGGGAAGAAGAUGCAAUACCACUGGACGACGAGUUCGCCAUCGCGCUAGAUCACGCGGAUGAUCGCGAGAGUAGUAAGACGAGGAGCAGCAAGGGGAAACGGAUUGCAGAUCGCAGGAUACCAAGGAGUGUUUCGAGGGCGACGAUAGAUUCGGCAAGGCCAUCCUUACACCCCAGCUUUGGUUCAGGAUCGGUCCCAGAGAGCCCAGCGCUGCUUUCAAUGGCAUCACUGGAAGAUUUACGACUCGAAGAAGAACGGCUGGAACGGGAGGAAAAUGAAGUAGUAGAGAAAAAGAGACAGGUUGCUGCGGAUUUGGCUCUUAGGAGAGGGCUGAGUCGGGAUAAUCUUCAAAUCGAAUCCGUCCAGGAGGUGAAAUCCGAAAUAGUCAGGGUAGAAAGGCCGAUGGUUCCGCAAGAAGCUAUAUUUGAUAAGGGAUCAGACUACGGACAAGACGAGGCCGGAUCUGGAUCUGCAGAAGGAGAGGCUCACCAGCUACAAUCGCCAGCACCGAAAGAUCCGCCACAAGAAGACUUUGUCCCUGCACGACUACCAUAUUUCCGAUGAGAAAUAUCACCAGAUAUUACCAACCCGUAACUUCGACUCGAACUAAUACUCCUCGCGGCCAGUAUGCAACACGCCGGCGGAUUCUAUCACAGGGCUUUAAGCUAUGCUUAAGACGAACCAGAGCCCCAAUCAGAUGAGGUUUGAUAACGCCUAUGAUGAGCCAUGACACUAUGCUUGAUGAUAAGGAUUCAGCGUCACGUCGGAAACGUGUAAUUGGUAGUGUAGGCGAUCAAGCUAUCUCACUACCUGUAAAUCAAUGUGUGUACGUGUAAAUAUGGAAUUAUGAAAACUAUAGGGUUGGCAGAGCGAGAAAGCGGCCUAAGCCUUAUAGAGCGUGCAAAGCGCAAUGACCUUUGCUAUAGCGAAGGUUUUGAUGUUACUAUUAUUGCUGGGAAUGGGAAUUUUGAAAUUAAUUCUAACUAGACAAGAUACCAAGCUUGAAUAUACUUAUCUACCUUGAUAUUA